UCCUCCGUGGCUCAGCUCAGUCUUUCCUCCACGCACGCGCCACCACGCCACUGAUCUCCCCUCGGCUCGGGCGCUCGGCCUCGGCGACACAACGAAGCGGCUCCAAGAUUGACGCGGCGAUGGGCUUCCCUGUCGGGUACUCCGAUAUGCUGCUCCCGCGGGUGCUCCUCCAGGUGCUCCUCCUCCUCGGCCACCUCCACCGCUUCCUCCUCUGGGCCUUCCACGCCGUGGGGCUCGGCGACCUCGUCGACAACUACCCGCUGCCCGCCGCGACGGCGCAGGAGCAGUGGAGCGUGCACAGUGGGGCGGCGGCCGCCGCGCUGCAGCACCGGCGGCCGGAGUUCCGGGCCGUGCCGGCAGUGGUCAUCGAGGAGGCGCUCCCCGUGGUCCGGUUCGACGAGCUGGCGUCGGUUUGCGGGGACGGCGACUGCGCCGUCUGCCUCAGCGGCAUCGGCGGCGGCGACGAGGUGCACCGGCUCAGCAAUUGCCGCCACGCCUUCCACCGGGGCUGCCUGGACCGCUGGAUGGCGCACGACCAGCGCACCUGCCCGCUCUGCCGCUCGCCGCUCAUCCCCGGCGGCGAGCUCUGGGGGGGCUCCGCCGCGCCCUGGCCCGACGCCUCCGACUACGACCUAUCCUACCCGUCCCUGCUGCAGUCGCCGCUGCAGAUGGUGCCCACGCCGACGCUGCUGCGGCCGCACGAGCUGCUGCUGAACGGCUUGGGCGGCUUCCAGUGAGCUGCCCGCCAGACCCCGCUAUCCGUCGCAAACCGCGUCGUCAUGUGCGGCCCACACCUGCCGGUCGGCCUGACAGGUGACCGCCGCCAAAACUGCUCAACCACUGCAGUCUGCACGCGCACGGUUGAUCUCGUCUUCAAUCGGCUCAGUUGGUGAGAGGCGAAACCAACGGCAGAGGAGAGCGCCCUGGUUUUUACAGAGGCUCCCAAAAGAAAACGAGAAAAAGAACAGACAAGUAGGAAACUGGCUAGGUUGCUAGCUACUGUAUGUAGGUCGAUUCCAUCUUCCAAGUCUGUGGAGUUGUGACUCUUUUUUGCAGAUUAAAUUUGUUGAGACAGAUGUUUCGAUC